CUUUUCCUGGAGCUCCUUUGGCGAAAACUUUGAGUUUGGUGUUGCCGUUCUUGAAUUUUCCUGGGCGAAUCUCAACAGUUCGGAAAGAACAAAGAUGCCAAUAUAACAAUACUGGAAACUGAGAAUAACAAGCAACAUUGAAAAGCAAAGCAAAUUGAAGCAGAAAUUUAAAAAAAUAUUUUCCAUUUCCUUCAGAAAGCCUAUUGUGGGAAAAGUACAGAGUUCAAAUGACAAGAGGAUCCACACGGGAGAUCAGCCAUAUAAAUACUCUGAAUGUGGCAAAAGCUUUGGUCAGAAUAGCUUCCUUGUGAUUCAUAGAAGGAUCCAUAUAGGACAGAUGACCUACAACUGCUCCCAAUGUGGUAAAUGCUUUUGCAAACAUGGCAACUUUGUGAUACACCAGAGAACUCACACAGGAAAGAAACACUUUGAAUGUCCUGAGUGUGGGAAAAGUUUCAGUCAGAAUUCCAGCCUGGUGAAACAUCAGAGGACUCACACAGGAGAGAAACCCUUUGAAUGUCCUGAUUGUGGGAAAGGUUUCAGUGUCAAUUCCAACCUGCUGAUACACCAGAGAACUCACACAGGAAAGAAACCCUUUGAAUGUCCUGAGUGUGGGAAAGGUUUCAGUGUCAAUUCCAGCCUAGUGAAACACCAGAGAACUCACACAGGAGAGAAACCCUUUGAAUGUCCUGAUUGUGGGAAAUGUUUCAGUCAGAAUUCCAGCCUGGUGAUACACCAGAGGAUUCACACAGGAGAGAAACCCUUUGAAUGUCCUGAUUGUGGGAAAUGUUUCAGUCAGAAUUCCAACCUGGUGAUACACCAGAGGACUCACACCAGGGAGAAACCAUAUGAGUGUCCAGAUUGUGGGAAACGUUUCACAACAAAUUCCCACUUGGUGAUACACCAGAGGACUCACACAGGAGAGAAGCCCUUUGAAUGUCCUGAUUGUGGGAAAGGUUUCAGUGUCAAUUCCAACCUGGUGAAACACCAGAGGACUCACACAGGAGAGAAACCCUUUGAAUGUCCUGAUUGUGGGAAAUGUUUCAGUAAGAAUUCCUACCUGGUGAUACACCAGAGGAUUCACACAGGAAAGAAACAGUUUGAAUGUCCUGAGUGUGGGAAAAGUUUCAGUCAGAAUUCCCACCUGGUGAUACACCAGAGGACUCACACAGGAGAGAAGCCCUUUGAAUGUCCUGAAUGUGGGAAAAGCUUCAGUCAGAAUUCCUACCUGGUGAGACACCAGAGGAUUCACACAGGAGAGAAAUCCUUUGAAUGUCCUGAUUGUGGGAAAUGUUUCAGUGAGAAUUUCAGCCUGGUGAAACAUCAGAGGACUCACACAAGAGAGAAACCCUUUGAAUGUCCUGAGUGUGGGAAAAGUUUCAGUCAGAAUUCCAGCCUGGUGAGACACCAGAGGACUCACACAGGAGAGAAACCCUUUGAAUGUCCUGAUUGUGGGAAAUGUUUCAGUAAGAAUUCCUACCUGGUGAUACACCAGAGGAUUCACACAGGAAAGAAACAGUUUGAAUGUCCUGAGUGUGGGAAAAGUUUCAGUCAGAAUUCCCACCUGGUGAUACACCAGAGGACUCACACAGGAGAGAAGCCCUUUGAAUGUCCUGAAUGUGGGAAAAGCUUCAGUCAGAAUUCCUACCUGGUGAGACACCAGAGGAUUCACACAGGAGAGAAAUCCUUUGAAUGUCCUGAUUGUGGGAAAUGUUUCAGUGAGAAUUUCAGCCUGGUGAAACAUCAGAGGACUCACACAAGAGAGAAACCCUUUGAAUGUCCUGAGUGUGGGAAAAGUUUCAGUCAGAAUUCCAGCCUGGUGAGACACCAGAGGACUCACACAGGAGAGAAACCCUUUGAAUGUCCUGAAUGUGGGAAAGGUUUCAGUGUCAAUUCCAGCCUAGUGAAACACCAGAGAACUCACACAGGAGAGAAACCCUUUGAAUGUCCUGAUUGUGGGAAAAGUUUCAGUCAGAAUUCCAGCCUGGUGAUACACCAGAGGAUUCACACAGGAGAGAAACCCUUUGAAUGUCCUGAUUGUGGGAAAUGUUUCAGUCAGAAUUCCUACCUGGUGAUACACCAGAGGAUUCACACAGGAGAGAAACCCUUUGAAUGUCCUAUGUGUGGGAAAAGUUUCAGUCAGAGUUCCCAUCUCAUUGGCCACCAGAGGAGUCACACAGGAGAGAAACCCUUUGAAUGUCCUGAGUGUGGGAAAAGUUUCAGUCAGAGUUCCCAUCUCAUUAGCCACCAGAGGACUCACACAGGAGAGAAACCCUUUUAAUGUCCUGAUUGUGGGAAAAGUUUCAGUGUCAAUUCCUACCUGGUGAUACACCAGAGGACUCACACAGAAGAAAACCAUAUGAGUGUCCGGAUUGUGAGAAAGAUUUCAGUAUUUCGUCUAACCUUUAACCUUUCUUAUCUCCCAUUCGGAGUAUAGAUGAGAAAUUGAUUAUUUAAAUUCUGGCCUUUUUUAGUCACCAGUUCUCAGGAUUUGACCUGUAGGUGGAGAGAGAAAAAUAGAAAAUAUUAGUUUGAUAAAGGCUAACUACCUGUUUCUGAUUAUCAGCAGUACUUUUUGGAUGUUUGCAUUUGCAGAAGUCGUGGAAUUUCCGCAAACCGGCCUUUGGGUGAUGUUUUUUGUAUUUUGAUUAUGGAAUUCCAACAUGUGGAAUUUCAUCCUUCUAUCUUGGUGAACUCCAGAUUUUGAACCUCACAAUUUCCCAGCCAGCAUACAAGUAAUCCUCGAGAUACAACUGUGAUGAGAACUAACUAUUAUGAAUGCAUUUAGCAAUGGCAACAGUGCUUUUGUCGUGGAAAAAUAAAGAGAUGAAUUUCGAAAUCAGAAAAA